AUGAAUUAAGUUGCAAAUCAUCAAGGAAUAAAUUAAUUAGUGUAUGGAAUCCUUAUUAAAAUAAAAAUGCAUAAAUCCAAACGAACUUAGAUAAUUUUGUUUUUGAGUCCUAAUGAAGCUCGAAUGAUUUAAAUGGUAAUCUAAUAAUAAAAUUUAGCUUGAUCCUCUUGGUACUUUUAGUAAUUAUUUUGAUCUUACAUAAAUUUCUGAUAUGACAUCAGAGGAGAAAAACAAAUUGAAAAUUAUUAAUUCAUAAGGAAUAUACAUUAAACUAUACUUUGAGAAUCAAUAAUAAUUAAAUAUCAUUAGAGAAGGUUUGCAAUAUCUAAUAGCUGAGGCAUUUCGUAUUUAAAAAUAGUUAGAUAAUUAUAAUCAAAUUUGGAGCAAUGCUUUAAAAUUGAUUACUAAAUCAGAUCUUGAUAUGGAUAAUAAACUCAAUUUUAAGGAAUUCUAAUUUCUAAUUGGAGAAUUAUAAAUUGAAAUUACAGAGAGAAAACUUUUAUAGCUAUUUGAUAAACAUUAAAAAAAUAAUCAAUUAGAUGAAGCUACUUUAUAUAAAUUACUUAUGGAAAUUACAAGGAAACAUGAAUUGAUUCAAUUAUAUCAAAAAUAUUGUAGUAAAUAAGAAGGUUUAUUUGAUGAUCCACAUAAUACUAUGUUGAUGAGUGCUCAUGAUUUAGAAACAUUCUUUUUAAUUGAAUAAGGUUAAAAAGAUUAUUAAGCUAAAAAAUAGAAUUAUAAUUUUUAUGAUUUUUAAAAUAUUAUCUUUAAUUAAGAUAAUUCAAUUUUUUAAACUAAAGAUUUUGAUAAAUCUUAACCUCUUACAUCAUAUUUAAUUAAUUCAUCUCAUAAUACUUAUUUAGAAACAAAUUAAUUAACAGGAUAAUCAAGUUGUUUUGCUUAUUAAGAUGCUUUCAAAAUGGGAUUUAAAUGUGUAGAAUUAGAUUGUUGGGAUGGAGAAGAUGGAGAACCUAAUGUUACUCAUGGACAUACUUUAGUAAAUAAUAUAAAAUUUAUUGAUGUAAUAAAAACUGUAAGAGAAUUUGCAUUUUUUAAAGAUGAUAAUCCUGCUAUAUUAUCCUUAGAAAUGCAUUGUUCCCUUAAAUAAUAAAGAAGAAUUGCUGAAAUAUUAAAGUCAGUUUUAGGAGAAAUGUUAUUUGUAAUUAAGGAUUACAAAGCAAAACAAUUUGCUUCCUUAUAAGAAUUGUAGAGGAAAGUAUUAAUAAAAUAUAAGGCUGAUGAAGAAUUUUUAUAAGAGAAAUUAUAAUUAAGAGAUCAUUCCUUGUCAUUAUAUUGUACAUAGACAAAAGAUGAUAUGCUUAUUUAAUUUGAUGAUGAAGAAGAUAAUGAUAAUUCACUUAAAUAAUAUAGUAAAACACUUGAUAAUAAAUAAGUCAAGAAGAGUUGUAAAGAAAUAUUAGAAAUAACUUCUUUAUUUGCUGUAUCACUUAAAUUGAAUAUCUAUCCAGAUUUAGUAUGGGUAGUUUCUAGUGUUUCUGAAGAUAAGAUUUAAGAUAUAAUAAAAAAGAAUUAAGGUAAAUUUUAUGAUUAUGUAAAUAUUUACUUUGUAAGAAUAUAUCCAUUAGGUUUAAGAUUUGACUCUAGUAAUUAUGAUCCUUUUCCAUCAUGGUCAGCAGGAGCAUAAAUGGUAGCCUUAAAUAUACAAACUAAAGAUAUAUUUAUGUUAUACAAUUAUGGUAUGUUUCUCAAUAGUUCAUAUGUAUUAAAACUAUAAAAUGAUAUUUCAAUGACAAUUUACGUACAAAUUAUAAGUGCUAGUAAUUUAGUAUGGGAAGAAGAAAAAAGAAGAUAAUAAGAAGUUGUUGAUCCUUACAUAAAAGUCAGGAUUGCUGGAAACAAAGAAGAUGUAAAUAAUUCAGAAAAAUGGAGAACUGAAGUUAUUUAUGACAAUGGAUAUCAUCCAAUAUUUAAUUAUAAAUGCAAAAUUUAACUUAAACAUGCUUAAUAAGAUGUGAUUUAUUUUCAAGCAUAUAGUUAUUCGAUUUUGGGAGAUUCAUUAUUGGGAUAAUAUUGUUUAUCUCCAUUAAAUUUAAGAAGAGGUUAUAGAAUAGUACCUUUAUUAAAUUCUUAAUUGAAACCAUUAUUAAAUUCUCAUGUAUUGGUAAAUAUUAAAAUAGAGUAUUGA